CGAGCCGGAAUAUUGUUGCGCCGGACUCCGAAAUCGACCUCGGCCAUCGUCGGCAUUUGCGAUUGAGCAGUGCUGUGGUGCGAUUCAGACCACUCGGUACAGUGAAGUUGCACUGCUCGUUUCCGCUGGGUCUACAGGUCUGCAACACUGUCUCGCAAAGUGUCCUAUGCUUGAGUAACCACUGGUCGCGCAAAGAACGCAAAGAUGCUGGUCAUCGGUCUCACAGGCUCGAUCGCGACGGGCAAAUCCACCUGCGCUCAGAUCCUGUCCUCCCCGCCAUACUCGCUGCCCCUGGUGGACGCCGACCUGCUCGCACGAAAAGCCGUGGAACCGGGCACAUGGGGAUACCGACGCAUAGUUUCGACCUUUGGUCCCACCACGCCGGACCUCCUCCUGCCGGCCUCGGAUCCCCAGUGCGGCGGAAAUGAAGCUGGGCCGAACGGGAAGGGAAGACCGCUGAACAGACCCGCGUUGGGGAGAAGAGUAUUCGGGAACACAGAGGAGAGGGUACGAGACAGAAAGAAGCUCAACGCCAUCGUCCAUCCCGCGGUACGGAUCCUGAUGGCGCGCGCGAUGCUGUAUUACUACUUCCGAGGGUACUGGGCGGUCCUGGUCGACGUGCCCUUGUUGUUUGAGUCCGGCCUCGACAUCUUCUGCAGCACGGUCAUUGUGGUCGCUGUCUCCGAUCCGGCGAUCCAGAUGCAACGGCUCCGAGAGCGAGAUCCGCAUCUAUCGCCUGAAGACGCCGAGAACAGAGUCAAGAGCCAGGUUGAUGUUCGCGAGAAGGCGGCGCGGUGUGAGCGUCGAAAUAACGGCAACAAGGGUGCUGGAAAAGGCUAUGUCCUCUACAAUGAUGGCAGCAAAGACGAUCUCAAGCUUCAGAUCGCGGACGUCAUGGGGAAGGUCAAGGCCAAAAGCCCGCGGUGGUGGAGUCUGCUGCUUCUCGUUUGUCCACCUCUCAUGGCGACGAUCGCUUCCUGGGAAGUUCUCUGGAGCUGGUAUGCGCGACGGAAGACCAUCAAGGAGAGAGGCGAAGAAAUGGCCAAGCCAAAAUAAAAUAAGACGAUGUCGAACAGUACUUGAUACAUUUGUAAACAAACUCCGGUUCGGUUUGAAGGAUAGGUAGAUAUUCCAAAGAACUUUCGAUAUAAGUAUCGCCUUAGCUGGCGACUCUACCUCUCCCUCCUCUUAUUUUAAAAGAACAGAAAAAUUCAA